UCUUUCUCCUUUCUUUGAGCACCACCACACUUCAAUUUCCCCCCUCACUCUGUCUUAAUUUGCUCUCAGGCCAGAGCCAUGAGCAAGCUAAGACAAGCCUACGCCGGAAUCUCAGAUUCCGGCAACCACAUUUCCCUUUCUAAGUCCAAGAAGAAGCUCAUCUUAGCCCUCUUCUCCGCCCUUCUACUGGCCGCCUCCGUGGCGGCCAUAGUCGCCGGAGUAAACUCCCACAAGAAAAACACCACCUCCUCCUCCAGCAUCACCGCCUCCUCCCUCACCCUCUCCCACCACUCCCACACCAUAAUCAAAACCGCCUGCAGCUCCACAUUCUACCCUGAGCUCUGCUUCUCCGCCGUCGCCUCCGAGCCCGGCGUGACCCACAAAGUCACCUCCCACAAAGACGUCAUAAGCCUCGUCCUCAACAUCACCUUCAGAGCCGUGGAGCAAAACUUCUUCACUGUGGAGAAGCUCCUCGCCAGAAGAAAAGGCCUCACCGAGAGAGAGAAGACCGCACUCCAUGAUUGCUUAGAAACCAUUGAUGAAACCCUCGACGAGCUCAAAGAAGCGCAGAGCGAUCUCAAGCUUUACCCGAACAAGAAGACUCUCUACCAGCACGCUGAUGACCUCAAAACUCUCAUCUCCUCCGCCAUAACCAACCAGGUAACCUGCUUAGACGGAUUCUCCCACGACGGCGCCGACAAGCAGGUGAGGAAGGCUCUGGAGAAAGGGCAGAUUCACGUGGAGCAUAUGUGCAGCAAUGCUUUAGCCAUGGCGAAGAACAUGACUGAUUCUGAUAUUGCAGAUUUUGAGAAGAACAGUGUUGCAGGGGAGAAAACAGGGAGCAGGAAAUUGAUGGAGGCAGGGGAGGUUUGGCCGGAGUGGAUUUCUGCGGCGGAUAGGAGGCUGCUGCAGGCGGGGACAGUGAAGGCGGAUGUGGUGGUGGCGGCGGAUGGGAGUGGGAACUUUAAAACGGUGUCGGCUGCGGUGGCGGCGGCGCCGGAGAAGAGUAAGACGAGGUAUGUGAUUAAGAUAAAAGCAGGGGUUUACAGAGAGAAUGUGGAGGUUCCAAAGAAGAAGACGAAUAUCAUGUUCUUGGGUGAUGGUAGAACUACCACCAUCAUCACCGGUAGCAGAAAUGUUGUUGAUGGAAGCACCACUUUCCACUCUGCCACCGUUGCCGUAGUGGGUGGAAAUUUCUUGGCACGAGACAUAACUUUCGAGAACACAGCAGGGUCCUCAAAGCACCAAGCAGUGGCCCUACGAGUGGGCGGGGACCUCUCCGCCUUCUACAAUUGCGACAUCCUGGCCUACCAAGACACACUCUACGUCCACAACAACCGCCAAUUCUUCGUGAACUGCCUCAUAGCAGGGACAGUCGACUUCAUCUUCGGCAACUCCGCGGUGGUGUUCCAGAACUGUGACAUCCACGCGCGGCGACCGGGCUCAGGCCAGAAGAACAUGGUCACAGCCCAGGGCCGCGUGGACCCGAACCAGAACACCGGCAUUGUGAUCCAAAAGUGCAGGAUUGGUGCCACUAAGGACUUGGAACCUGUGAAGAAUAGCUUCCCUACUUAUCUUGGGAGGCCAUGGAAGGAGUAUUCAAGGACUGUGUUCAUGCAGAGUAGUAUCAGUGAUGUGAUUGACCCUGCUGGAUGGCAUGAGUGGAGUGGGAACUUUGCAUUAAACACUUUGGUUUACAGGGAGUAUCAGAACACUGGGCCUGGUGCUGGAACCUCUAAGAGGGUUGCUUGGAAAGGGGUUAAGGUUAUUACAAGUGCUUCUGAGGCCCAGGCUUUUACUCCUGGGAGUUUUAUUGCUGGGUCUAAUUGGUUGGGCUCUACAGGCUUUCCCUUCUCUCUUGGGUUGUAAAUUGUGUGUGGAAUUUGAAGUUUCAACUCUUUUUUUUUUAAUUGGAGAGAAUUGCUUUUUGCACACCUCCUUUUACUAUUUGCAUAUCCCAAUCUCUUAUAAAUUGAAAAAGAAAAUAUGGGUUGGGUAUGUGAAUAGUAAGAAAGAUGUGAAAAAAGUGAUUUUAUUUUAAUUGGUACCUAUCAAGCCGUAGAAUGGAACAUUAAAGUUGACCUAAUAGUAAAAUAACAAGAAGAAAAGGGAAGUGAGAGAGGUCAUUGCACAAGAUGUUUAUCUGUUUGUCUAUGACUUGUAUUAGUUGGAUUUAUUGUGAUAUUCCAUUGGUUAAAUAAUGAUAAAUGUAUGUCAAGGUUUUGGCUC